AUGGAUGCCGUGGAUGAGCUUGCCGCGGGGACGGCGAUGCAGCACAGGUGCAAGGUGUGCGGGAAGGGGUUCGCCGCCGGCCGCUCGCUCGGCGGGCACAUGCGCUCCCACAUCUCGCUCGGCGAGGUGGUGCCGAUGGCGGAGGUCGACGACGACGACCUCACGCGCGUCUCCGCCAACGGCGGUCGCAGCAGCGGCGGCAAUGGCGCCGUCGGGUACGGGCUGAGGGAGAACCCCAAGAAGACGCGCCGGCUGUCCGACUUCGCCGACGAGGAGGAGGAUCAGGGCGGCGAUGGAGGCGAGCAUGACAAGGCGUGCCGGGACUGCGGGAAGCUCUUCUCCUCGUGGCGAUCGCUGUUCGGCCACAUGAGGAGCCAUGCGCCCGGCGCCGCCGCCGCCGACGAGGCUGAGGACGUGGACCUUGGCGAUGAGUUCUACGCCGCAGAGGCGGAGGCGGAAGCAGAGGAUGUUCAGGAGGAGAUUACGGCGCCGAUGGAACCGCUGGCGGUGGCCGUGAUGGCCGCGCCGCCCAGGCGGAGGCGCAGGUCGAUGCGCGUGGCGGCGCCGGCCCCCGCGCCGCCGCCGCCGCCGGCGCUGAGCAGCUUCGAGAAGGAGCAGGAGGACGUCGCGCUCUGCCUCCUCAUGCUCUCGCGCGACACCACCGGCGGCAUGUGGAGCUCGCCGGAACACGAGGAGCCUUACCUGGAGAAGGAGUGGCGCAAGAAGACCACCCCGAAGCAGCUGCACCUCCCGAGGAACGGCUACGGUUACAACUCAGACGACGAUUCAGCUCUGUUCCACUACGGCGAAAGCAAGGUCAAGAAGAUCAAGAAGCGGAGGACUAGCCAUUACGCUCUCAACUCCGAUUCGGGGAAGCAACUACGCAAGGUCACCGCGCCGCCGCCGCCGAAGCGCACCCGCUACGAGUGCCCUGGCUGCGGCAGGGUGUUCAGCUCCUACCAGGCGCUCGGCGGCCACCGCGCGAGCCACAAGCGGAUCAACACCAGCUGCAGCGCCCCCAAGGCCGCCCCUGGCAUCGUCGCCGCGCUCCCCGCGCCGGAGCCGAGCGUGGAUACCUACACCUCGUUCACCACCCUGUCCCCGUCGGCCUCGCCGGACUCGGUGGCCACUGGCAUUGGUGCCGCCAAGAAUCCAGCAGCUCCGGCAGCGGUGCUGGAGAAGUUCGAGUGCCCGGUGUGCUUCAGGGUGUUCGGUUCGGGGCAGGCGCUGGGCGGGCACAAGCGGUCGCACAUGACGGCCGACGGCGCGUACUCCGAGGACGGCGAGGUCUUCUACGGCGGCGACGCGGAGCAGGAGCAGGAGCAGGGGUACCCCGUGGCGGCCGCGGGGUCGCUCGAUCUCAACUUCCCGCCGGCUACAUCGGACGAGGCUUGA